AAUUGGGUAGAUCACUGUCACGUGACCAUCCUUCGACAGGAGUUUCCACGACAGCUGAGAAGCUGCUAAAUGCGUUUCUUUCGCCCGUAACGUUGAUCCAUUUCAACUCCUCUGAGACUAAUUUUUGUGAAAUGGGAGACAAGAAAAGUCCCACAAGGCCAAAGCGGCAAUCCAAGCCCUCCUCCGACGAUGGGUACUGGGACUGCAGCGUGUGCACGUUCAGGAACAGCGCUGAGGCGUUCAAGUGCAUGAUGUGUGAUGUCAGAAAGGGGACGUCAACUCGAAAGCCACGGCCUGUUUCUCAGCUGGUUGCACAGCAAGUAAAUCAACAGUUUGCAUCACCAACACAUCCCAAAAAGGACAAAAAAGAAAAGUCAGAGAAGGACAAAAGCGACAAAGAAGUGAAAAAGAAAAGCUAUAAAAAGAUGAGGCCCAGGUUAAAGAACAUAGACAGGAGCAGCGCCCAGCAUCUAGAAGUCACAGUCGGAGACUUGACUGUAAUUAUCACAGACUUUAAGGAAAAAGCCAAACCCACGUCCACUUCAACAAGCAUUGCCUCAGCUGACCAGCACAGUCAAAGCGGCUCAAGCUCUGAUAACACUGAACGAGGGGUUUCCAGAUGCUCCUCGCCUCAUGGGGAAGGUUCAUCAGUCAAUGGAGAAACUCAUUAACUGUCACGCUCCCGGUCAGCACAACCCCGUUUUCUGCACUCUCAACAGCCCCAACCAGAGAUCAAACUUCAACAUGCAUGUUCUGUGAAUUAUAUUUUAAACGCCAAUAAGAUAGCAUUCACUUCAUUUGAGGUUGAACUUUUCACUGCCUUUCCUUGAUGAUAAAGAGUUAAGAAGUCAGGAUGUAUUAUUCUGCGUGUUUAAUUCUAAGAACCGUUGCAGCAAACUCUUUUAUGGUCCUCUGAAAUCACAACAGAAGCAUUAAAUAGUAGAUGUCAGUGGAACUGCACAAUGUGAUCUUGAAAAACUUUGUUACAUCUGCAUCACAUUCAGGUUGUCAUCGCCACACAAUAAAAAAUGGUUUAUGAAAAAAAUGUGAAUAAGUCUUUGCAGAAUUUUUGUUUAUUUUCUCAUUUUGUUAUCAUUAUUUGCACUUAAUGGUGUCCUGUGUUCAUGACGAUUUUUUUAGCAUUGCUUCCAUUUUGCCAUUUUAACACUUGGUUACCAGCAUUACUGUCA